GGAUUAGUCUAUGAUGGCAAAGCUGCUUCCUCGGAGACUCCAUGUACUGGGCCUCCCACAGCAUGUGAGAAGCUCUGCUGUCGCCCCGGCCUUUGCUACCUGCGCUCCCGGACCCUCAUCUUUCCUAUGGCCUCAUCAGGGGCGCUCUCUCGGGUUCGUGAGCAGCGCGGCAGGAAGAACAGGAAGCAGCCCAUCAUCAUCGCCUUUCCGCGCCAGCACCUCCGUCUCCGUCAAAUGGCCACGUCCAUAUUCGCAGUCCUCGAAAGCCACGCAACCGCUUGACCGCCAAGAAGGCGUCGAUCAGUCCAGUAGCAAGCCAGCGCAGCCUGCUGCUGCUACUCCCAAGCAGCCUAUCACGAAAAGCUUCGAAGCUGCGAGAGAACGCACGCAAGCUGUGAGAGCCAAGGUCCGUUCCUCGCUGACGGGACUCACGCCACAUGAAAAUAUCUACAACCUCCCGAACUUCCUCACGCUCACCAGACUGGUCGCUGCACCAGCCACAGCGUACUUGGUGCUGCACGACCAACACACGCUCGCGUUGGGUCUCUUCGCGUAUGCUGGCAUUACAGACCUGAUCGACGGGUGGAUGGCUCGAAAAUGGAAGCUCCAGACCGUCGCAGGCAGCGUGAUGGAUCCUAUGGCUGACAAGGCUCUGAUGAUCAUUGUGACAGUCACGCUCGCGGUCAAAGGCGCCAUACCACUCUACCUGGCGACAUUAGUCCUUGGCAGAGAUGCAUCUCUUGCAUUGGCAGCGCUGUAUUAUCGUUAUGCAUCUCUGCCUGCACCCAAGACCUUUCUUCGAUAUUGGGACUUUUCGCUGCCUUCUGCCGAGGUGCAUCCCACGACCGUUUCGAAGUACAACACCUUUCUGCAGCUGAUUCUCAUUGGAUCCACACUAGCACUUCCCGUUAUCACCGCUGGUGGCCAGGGGACAGAUCUUCUCCAGAGUUUCGGACUUAGCACCGGCCAGCUGCACAAUGCCUUGACCUACUUUCAGUGGCUUGUGGCUGCAACCACAGCCUGGAGCGGCCUCAGCUACGCAUACCUGAAAAACGCCGUCACGAUUCUUGGUCCCAACGAGACACUGAAGGCGAAACAAGGCGCCCGUGGACGUGCUAUCAUCGGUUUGACAUUUGGUAGCUGUGUUCUCGCUGCAGUCUGGUUAGCUACCACAGUAGACGCCCCAGUACAGCCAGAGUCGCCACGGCGCGAGAACUCCAUUCCAGACGCUUAGGCAAUAAAAACGACAGUUUGCAAAGAGAUGUAUCAGCUGUGUAGCGAACCAAUACGGUCGAGCGACAAAUUGUAACCUAACGCCCAUUUUGAGGGCAAGUUUCGAAGAUGCUUUAUAGAAGACAG